UCUAGGGCUUGAUGGUCGUUGCAUCAAUGGCGGGAAGAUUCGGGGAUAAGAAAUCCGCCAAAAUUCACUGACAUCUUUUUUCUUUUUUCCCGAUUUAAAUCCUUUGAUAUUCAUUUUCAUUUUCCUCACAUGUCUUUCCUCGAAGAAUUUCAAGCCAACCUGGAAUCAAUACCCAAUAUUCUUCAAAAGAAGUACGCUUUACUGCGUGAUUUAGAUCAAAGUUUGCAAGGACUAGUAAAACAGAAUGAGCAACGCUGUGAGCAAGAAAUUGAGGAUAUUAAGCGGGGAGUUAAAUGUGGUAAUAUUACUCCCGAUACUUCACUCAUCAGAUUCUCCGAUGAAGCUCUUGAUGAGCAGAAGCAUAGCAUCAGAAUUGCCGAUGAGAAAGUUGCCCUUGCUGUUCAGGCAUAUGAUUUGGUAGAUACCCACAUACAACAGCUUGACCAGUAUUUGAAGAAUUUUGAUGAAAAGCUUCGUCAAGAAAGAGGAAGUGCUGCUGCAACUGGGUUACCAACUUCAAGUGUGGAUGGUAACACAAAAUCUGGACGGGGAACAGAAGGUGGUAGAGGUGGGCGUAAAAAAAGAAAUGGCCAAGCUGCGGCUGCAGCUGCUGUUACAGAAGCACCAACUGCUGCAACUCCCACAGGAAUGGAACUUGAAUUACCAGUUGAUCCAAACGAACCAACUUACUGUCUAUGCAACCAAGUUAGUUACGGGGAGAUGGUUGCCUGUGAUAACCCUAAUUGCAAGAUUGAAUGGUUUCAUUUUGGCUGUGUUGGUCUAAAAGAACAACCAAAAGGAAAAUGGUACUGUUCGGAUUGUGCAGGCUCAAAAGGUCGCCGAAAAGGCAGAUAAUACAGGUAUCAAUCAGGAGUCUGCUGUCUUAAUUUAUAUGAAAUACAUUAGAUUCAAAUGUCACUGCAGAUCCUGAUCAGCUAGUCAAUAGAUUACUUACAAUCCAUGUGAAUACGGUUUUUUGCUUUAAUGCUGUUUUUAGUGGCCAAAAAGUUUUGAAUUUGUAGAAUCUUUGACAGUAGCUCCAAAUCAUUAGGGCCCCUUCUCCCCUUCUCCAUCCUAGGGUCUGCCAGGAAGGGUCAACUCAUGAGAAUUGAAGUUUGCCUUCAGACCAUUGGAGGAUACACAAUAAAACACUGCUUUUCACUGUAAAACACACCGAUUGGGAUUGAAACCAGAACCGGAACUGCAUGGUUGGGGAUAAAAAUGGAGAUGCCUGGACAUCUUUGGAUGUUCGUUAUGAAGGGACAUGAGGUAUCCAAUUUUUACUCAUCUGUCUGUCCCAUAUUUGUUACCCAACUAAGUAUAAUUUAUGUGUAGAGGGUUCAUUUCUGUAAAUUAAUUUGUCCAAUAUAGUUAUUUCGAGUUCAGUUGAUGUUUAAUGAAUAUGUAUGUAUUGCAUUCAAUAUGAAGAACUGAAUUAGGUCAUAUAACAAUAAGAUAGUGUUUCGUAGAUGAGUGAAUGACAUUAUCUGAUUAUCUGAUUGUCAUAUUCUUUAUAUAAGAUAUAUUCGAGCAGCUUCGCUCCAUUCCCAC